UCCAUGCCUAGAGGAAGGAAAUGGGAAAGCAUUUCCUGUUCCUUCAACACCUUUGGAUCUGGAGAAGAAAAUCUAGUCUUUGGUCACACCUGCCCUUGUGACAUCACGGGCAUCUCUUCCUCUAUCAGCUGUCCUGCCCCUAUCCAGCUUAGAGGAACAGCAAGCAGAAGGGCAUGAUCACCUUAGCACCUGCCCCCCUCCAUCAUGGGAAAUCGCUGUUGUAGACGUGAUCCAGGUCGAAAAGUCCAAGAGACAAAAGACAGAGAAAGGGGAAAAAAGCUUCGUGACAAACAUCACAAGAAAAGGGUUCAGGCAGCUAGAAAGAUCCAGGCCUGGUGGCGUGGCAACCUGGUACGCCGGACCCUGCUGGUUGCUGCCCUCCGGGCCUGGAUAAUUCAGUGCUGGUGGAGAACAGUCCUGCACAGGAAACAUCAAAAGUUGCAGCAGUCCCUUCUAAGGACGUAUGUGAUCCAGGAACAAUCAGCAGUCAAACUCCAAUCCUGGGUUCGCAUGAAGCAGUGCCGUCAAUGUUACUGCCAAAUAUGUGACGCUCUCUGUGUGUUCCAGCCCCCAGACAGCAGCCUUGUCUUCCAGAACAAAGACACUUUGCAGGUACAAUGUGGAGCCCUUUUCAAGCAACCAGAGUUCCACAUUGAAAUCUUAUCAGUCUAAAAGUCUCCAGCAUGAAGGCCUCAUUCCAAUGCCUCAAUAAAUAUCUGGUUUAAGUU